AAACCUUCACAACCACAAGAUUUGGGGGAAAUUUUUGGAUGCAAAUGUAAUGACUACAAAUAAUGUCCUUUGAGGACAUUACGAGGAAAAUGGAUCAUUUGGUACAAAAUGCUUACAUAAUGCAUGUGUUGUCUUCAAACGCGUGCACACAAUUCAGCAUAUAUAACAUUUCCAUGAAUAAUAAUGAACUGGAAAGUCUCACAGUCGUCUAGUGUUUCAAGAUGGCGGAUCCUGUUUCUAGUCUUUAGAAUUUGGAAUUUCUCAAUGUCAUAGUAGCUGCAAGAAACGGUGAUAACAGUUCAGAGACUGACAUGAUUACACAUAAUUAUUAUACUAUCUGAUCAGGCAGUCAAGACCUUCCAUGCAGAGAGCUGGUGGCUCACUCUGCGUUCCCGAAUUAUCUGCCAACGCUAAUCAUUACGUCUCAUUUCAAGUUUUAUUUUUGAAAGGACACAUUUGUCAAACGUUCCACAUAAAUGGUAAAUAAUAGCUCAGCCCGUCUUUGUGGCAUUAUUGUAAGAAAGGCUCCUUCUCAGUGCUUUAUCUUCAGCGUCGACAGAGAUGAAAAAGGUGAUGUCGAGGUGAGCGCUGCCACUGAGAGAGACAGACAGCCUCUGUUUGAGUCAGUUUUAAUCACACUCGUAGUACGUCCAGCAGCCACCGCUUACGCCGAGGAACACCAGGAGAACAAGCAGGCGAGAUGAAUACCAACCGGGGUUUGAUGUCCGUGAUUGCAGAUCAGUACAGAUAAAGUUAUUGUCGGGAGGAUAAAAGAGCGCUAGCCAAGACUUAGACUCUCUUUAAUAAAUCAAAACCCUCUAAAUUAUUCAUUCACAUCAUUUUUCUGUUCAAGCUCUUGUUUCCUAUCACUUUUCUACCACUCGGUGUCCUUGUGGAACACACCGACAUCUCUGCUGUCACGCGUUGUUCUCACUUUAUUAGGACGUCCACAUUGAUACUGGGUAAUACCUCCUUUGGCGACUGUGGAAACGGGGGGUCCUGUGAUUGGAUCAAGUGGACAGAAUCUUCACACGGACAGACUGCGAUUAGUUUGGCUCCCCGCGAUUCUGUACACAAACCACACAGUAGGUUCUUUUGUAAUGUUUAGAACAGGAUAAUUGUCAAAUUCAAGGUGAUACCGAUCCGAUACUUAAUAUAAAAACCACUAGAAACUUCAAAAUAAAUCAAAAUAAAAAGUAGCGUGUUUGAAAUGAUAGCUUCAUAAUGAAUACAAGACAUCAGACUAUUCUUUCUUGUCCUCCAGUUAUAAAUAAAAUUCUCAGGAUGAAAGACUUGAUUUGGACUCCUGACGAAAGACUCGAGGCUUGACUUGGAAAUGACUUCUCUGCUGUCCACAGAACUGCCUCUCCCUGGAUAGUCUAUUACAUCCUGUAGCACAUGAGAAAUACACAUAUGUACAUGAGGCACCAGUGACGAUGUCACAAUCACAGUCACUGUGAUGACUUCUUUCUCUUUUUUUUCUUACAUCAUCCCUAUGCUUUUUUGCAUUUUAUGCUGCUGUAUGAUCACAGCGAAGUGGAGGGGAUUUUGGUGCAUGUUUGGCCAGGUUUGAGUCUGUCAAGGGUGAGUAAAAAUAAUGAUAGCUUGCACAGUUUACUUUAGAGAUGUACUGAAUUUAACAUUCCCUGCUCUAAAAUGCUCACGUUGUAAAGUGAAACAUGUAAAAAAAAAAAAAAUGCAACAUCCAUAGAUAGAUAGAUGGAUAGUGACACACUGCAUGCCUGAGGCUCUUUCAUCAAGUGUCAUCCUUCAUGACACCAUGCUCUAUCUGCUGUGUUACUUAACCUGCUGCCUGCUGCUUCUUAAAUGUAACCACAGUGACAUCUACUGGCUAAAUAGAGAAUUGCCACACAGACCAAUUCUGCCCAAAGCAGUUCAACACGUCAAGUACAAUAACUGGAGGUCAUGUGAGGGUGCCAUGUCCAAUUUCGGGGGAAAUAAUUAGAUUUUUGCAAUGAACUGUCAAUAUUCAUGAUUCAGAAUUGACUAGUAUGUUUAUGUUAAGUUUUCUGGAUCUAAUUGCAAAAGUUUUGAAGCGUCUUUAUACAUUAAAUAUUAAUUUAUUUUUAUACGUUUUGGGCUUUUUCAAAUAUCAUUGCACCCUGUUCUGUUAAGAGGUUAAAUAACAUGUGUCUUUAGAAAAUGUUGUUUGGUGCUUUUCUGUCUUCUAUAAUGGCUCCACGUCUCCAGCAGGGGCGCUAGUUGUCCCUGUGUGCUCGUGUGCGACUUGUAAAGAAAAUACCACAGAACCAUCUGUGUUGUGCGCAUGCGCGUUGAUUGUUAUUGUUUUGGCCGGCCUGUGCUGUCAUCCCAGGAAAUGUGAAGUCUCUCCGAUGGAGCGCGCGUGUGAGCAGGUCUGUGGCGCUGAUGAAGAUGAGGCGGGAGGAGCCAACGGUCGAGCCAUGCUCUGGUCCAUCCAGGAGGCUCUGGAGAGGCAGACCCUGCAGAUCGGAACCUCGGCCUGCGGCGCCACGGCCGUGGUGGACGCGCUGAAGGCCCUCGGCGUGGACGUGGCCCCCGAGGAGGCCGAUCGCUGCGUCCAAACUCGCCUGAGGAGGAUUGAGUCGCCUCUGCCUGACUAUCUGCUGUCCCGGAGUGAAGCAGGCGCGACGCACGCUCAGCUCAUCGCGGGAGCAGUGGAGGCCAGUAAAGGCAAGGUGACGGGUCGCUUCUUCCACCUUCACCCCCGGCGGCAGGUGAACCUCGUCCCCUGGCUCGCGCGCUGGCUCCGAAAGGGAGCCGUUCCCGUGGCAACCAUGAACAUGCAGCUGGCCGUACCCGAGGGAGACGAGGUGCCUGACGCGUGGCACCAUCAGCUCAUAUUUGGGGUCGCACCCAACGCCGUUUUCAUGACGAACCCGUUAGAUGUCGUGAGCGAGGAGGAGGUGCACCAGAGACUCUGCAGUGAAUCUGCGUUGCUGGUUCGUCGAGAAGACGUCCUGCAGCGAUUGACGCCCGAGUCGUGUCUGUCCAGCUUCAUAGAGAGUCAGACGGACCCGCGCUGGAAAGCUCUGGACGUUGAGGGUCAGGUAAAACAAAUGGUGCGAGAAGAGGAACAGGAACAAGAGGGUCCGGUGUUGACGCACAUCAGGAUCCCUGCGGCGUACAGCUCGGGCGUCACUCUCUUUGCCUUGCAGCAGUCACACCUUGGACAGGAACUUAUCAACGCACCUGAGCUCCCUCCCUCUGCUGUGACUGGUCCGACGCACACGGACUUUUAGAAAUAGAGGUGGAAAUAUGACAUUUCAGGCAGCUAAAAUAAGACGAUGCAUCAUCUGUCAACUGUACUGCACUGUGAAAAGCGUUUGGACUCAACCGUGUUAUUGUAAGGAGUGAACGUUGCUGUACUUUUGUGCCAUUUUUACAUUUUCUCUACUUGUACCUGUGAAUUCCACUCUGGAAUUCAGAAGGAAAUAUUGUACUUUCCACUCCACUAUGUUUCAUUUAAAGUUAUAGUUCGCUAAAGAUUUUUACAGUUGAAAAUCAUUUCCUGCAGAAAAUGUUGCCCGAAAAGAGACCUUGGAUAAAAUAUAAACGUCA